CCGCAACCGCUCUGCACCGCCCUCGCGCGGCCGGCGGCGCUCCCUGCACCCAGCUCGGCGGUCGCCUUCUCCGGGCCGGGCUAUCUAUGGGGCGAACGGCGAUGCCAUGAAGCCGGCGGAGAACGGCAGCGGGGCGAACGCCGCGCACGGGCAGCGGGGCUCCUCCAUGGGCGUUCGGCCGCUGUAGGAGCGCCGAGUGCGCGGGGCGCGAUCCGCCACCUCCCCUCCCCCUCGGGCCUCCUGAGGAGGAUGGCGACGGCGGCCGCCCCGACCCAGCUGGAAGCCGAGCUCUAUUACCUGAUCGCCAGGUUCCUGCAGUCCGGACCCUGCAAGAAAUCCGCCCAGGUGCUGGUGGAGGAGCUGGAGGAGCACCAGCUGAUCCCCCGGCGCCUGGACUGGCAGGGCAAGGAGCACCGCCGCAGCUUCGAGGACCUGGUGGCUGUCAAUGCACACAUCCCUCCGGAUUAUCUUCUUAGGAUCUGUGAGAGACUCGGGCCACUUUUAGACAAGGAAAUCCCACAGAGCGUCUUAGGUGUGCAGACCUUGCUGGGAGUUGGGCGGCAAUCUCUGUUAAGGGCAGCAAAAGAUUUCAGACACACACUAUGGAAGGGAUCAGCAUUUGCAGCUCUUCACAGAGGCCGGCCUCCCGAACUACCUGUAAAUUAUGGGAAACCACCAAACGUGGUAAAUAUUCUUUCUGCACGGCAAUUAACUGGAUGUGGACGUUUCAGCCACUUGUUCCCAACAUCCACCUACCAACAGAUGAAGAUGCACAAGAGGAUAUUAGGGCAUCUAUCUUCUGUUUACUGUAUAGCCUUUGAUCGCAGUGGGAGAAGAAUUUUUACAGGGUCAGAUGAUUGCUUGGUCAAAAUCUGGGCUACAGAUGAUGGGCGCCUGCUCUCAACGCUGCGAGGGCACUCAGCUGAGAUUUCUGACAUGGCUGUUAACUAUGAGAACACGCUGCUUGCAGCAGGCAGUUGUGAUAAGAUUGUCAGAGUGUGGUGUCUUCGAACCUGUGCCCCAGUUGCAGUCCUGCAGGGCCAUUCUGCUUCCAUUACUUCUAUACAGUUCUCUCCAGCAAGAAAAGGCACAACACGAUACCUCACUUCUACUGGUGCUGAUGGAACAAUCUGUUUCUGGCAGUGGCAUGCAAACACCAUGAAGUUUAAGGAUCGCCCUGUGAAAUUUGCGGAGAGGUCCAGGCCUGGCGUUCAGAUAUCUUGUUCAUCUUUCAGUUCUGGUGGCAUGUUCAUUGCAACAGGUAGUACUGACCACGUGAUAAGAAUAUAUUAUUUGGGCUCAGAGUCUCCAGAGAAAAUGGCAGAGUUGGAAUCUCACACGGACAAAGUUGUCGCAGUCCAGUUCUGUAACAAUGGAGACAGUUUAAGAUUUGUCAGCGGAAGCAGAGAUGGAACAGCAAGAGUAUGGCAAUAUCAUCAGCAAGAAUGGAAGAGUGUAGUCCUGGAUAUGGCGACUAAAAUGACAGGAAACAAUGUAGCAUCUGGAGAGGACAAGGUGACUAAACUGAAGGUUACAAUGGUGGCUUGGGAUAGAUAUGAUGCAACUGUCAUCACUGCAGUCAACAAUUUCCUUCUCAAAGUGUGGAACUCAUCCACAGGGCAGCUUCUUCAUAGCUUAUCUGGUCAUGAUGAUGAAGUUUUUGUUCUGGAGGCCCAUCCAUUUGACCAAAGGAUUGUACUUUCCGCGGGUCACGAUGGAAAUAUUUUCAUUUGGGAUAUAGACAAAGGAACAAAAAUUCGUAAUUACUUUAACAUGAUUGAGGGCCAAGGCCAUGGAGCUGUUUUUGAUUGCAAGUUCUCACCAGAUGGACAGCAUUUUGCCUGCACAGACUCUCAUGGACACCUGCUGCUAUUUGGUUUUGGAUGCAGUAAAUAUUAUGAAAAGAUUCCAGAUCAGAUGUUCUUCCAUACAGAUUACCGACCACUGAUCCGUGAUGCAAAUAACUAUGUUUUGGACGAACAGACUCAGCAGGCUCCACAUCUUAUGCCUCCUCCAUUUCUGGUGGAUGUUGAUGGAAAUCCUCAUCCCACGAGAUUCCAGCGGCUGGUACCAGGGAGAGAAAAUUGCAAGGAUGAACAACUUAUUCCUCAGCUGGGUUAUGUAGCUAAUGGUGAUGGUGAAGUAGUUGAACAAGUCAUUGGACAGCAAACUAAUGACCAAGAUGAAAGUAUCCUUGAUGGGAUGAUCAGAGAGCUACAAAGGGAGCAGGAUCUGAGACUAAUCAAUGAAGGAGAAACUCUUCCAAACCCUCCACUCAAUAGAUCUCACUCUGUUAAUGGAGCUCUUCGAAGUCCAGCCUUGGAAAUUGCAUCUCCACCAAACGUUGGUCUCCGGAGAAGCGGUCAGAUUGAAGGGGUCCGGCAAAUGCAUCACAAUGCUCCCCGAAGUCAAAUGGCAACAGAGAGAGAUCUCAUGGCAUGGAGCAGAAGAGUAGUGGUGAAUGAGCUUCCUCCAGGCAUCAGCAAAGUCCAGGAAGAAUGUCGAGCUGCCAAAGGUGAAAUUGAAAUUGGUUUAUACACUGUUGAAAAGAAGAGAAAGCCAUCCCACACCUUACAACGGAAUGAUUACCAACCUGGAAGUGGAAGAUCUUUGAGAAGGAACCAGCGCAAACGCCAGCACGCGUAUCAGACCCGCUCCACGAUAGAGCACAGUCAGCAAGGAGCAAGUCAGAACUCACGUGCACGGGAAGAGUCAGACAGCUCCUCAGAGGAAGAUGAGACAGUUGGCACAAGUGAUGCAUCUGUGGAUGAUCCUGUGGCAACAUGGCAAAGUGACAGCAGCUCCAGUGAUUCAUCAAGUGAAUAUUCUGACUGGACAGCUGAUGCUGGAAUUAAUCUCCAGCCUCCAAAGAGACAAACGAGGCAGGCGGCUCGGAAAAUCUGUAGUAGUUCUGAAGAUGAAAAUGUGAAGGGAACAAAAGGAGUGGAGCAAAAACGAAGGAAACUAAAACAACCUAGAAAAAAGAAACCAAGUGGACUGCUUUCAAUGGAAGGGGAGCCCAGUGAGGAGUGGCUGGCCCCGCAGUGGAUCUUGGACACCAUACCGCGCCGCUCACCUUUUGUCCCGCAAAUGGGAGAUGAGAUCAUAUACUUCAGGCAAGGCCAUGAAGCUUAUGUGCGGGCAGUAAGAAAAGCAAAAAUUUACAGUAUUAACAUGCAAAAACAACCAUGGAACAAAAUGGAACUCAGGGAACAAGAAUUUGUGAAGACUGUAGGAAUUAAAUAUGAAGUUGGGCCCCCUACACUUUGCUGCUUGAAGCUUGCAUUCCUAGAUCCAAUCACAGGCAAAAUGACAGGAGAAUCAUUUUCCAUUAAGUAUCAUGAUAUGCCAGAUGUUAUUGACUUCCUUGUGCUGCAUCAGUUUUAUAAUGAAGCCAAAGAGAGGAACUGGCAAAUAGGGGAUAGAUUUCGCAGUAUAAUAGAUGAUGCUUGGUGGUUUGGAACUGUGGAGAGUCAGCAGCCUUUUCAGGCAGAAUACCCUGAUAGUUCCUUCCAGUGCUACUCUGUUCACUGGGACAAUAAUGAAAGAGAGAAAAUGAGUCCAUGGGACAUGGAACCAAUUCCAGAAGGAACUGCUUAUCCAGAGGAGGUUGGUGCUGGAGUCCCUGUGACUCCAGAUGAGCUGACGGCUCUUCUCUACAAACCCCAGGAAGGAGAAUGGGGGGCCCAUUCCAGAGAUGAAGAAUGUGAGCGAGUAAUUCGGGGGAUUGAGCAACUUCUUUCUCUUGACAUUUCUAAUCCCUUUGCUGUUCCAGUGGACCUUAGUGCCUAUCCCAUGUAUUGCACUGUAGUUGCUUAUCCCACUGACCUCACCACAAUCAGGAGGAGACUUGAAAACAGGUUUUAUAGGAGAAUCUCUGCACUGAUGUGGGAGGUACGAUACAUUGAACACAAUGCCAGGACUUUCAAUGAGCCAGACAGUCCUAUAGUCAAAGCAGCCAAAAUCGUAACAGAUGUGUUACUUCGUUUCAUUGGGGAUCAGAGUUGUACGGAUAUAUUAGAUAUAUAUAAUAAGGUGAAAGCAGAAGAUCUGAGUAGUACUGAUGAAGAGGAAGAGGUGGCAGAAGUAGAUGUAGAUUCAGAUGCUCCAGGAACUUCCUCUGGAAAACGACGGCAGGUAAGAAGACGAAUAAAAAGACAGCCUGUGAAAGGAAGUCCUGACGCUUGGAAAGAGCAAUGCAAGCAGUUGUUAAACCUGAUUUAUGAAAGAGAGGACUCUGAGCCUUUUAGACAGCCAGUUGACCUCUUCUCCUAUCCUGAUUACCGAGAUAUUGUUGACACUCCUAUGGACUUCAGCACUGUGAAAGAAACCUUGGAAGCAGGGAAUUACACUAGUCCCUUGGAAUUCUACAAAGAUAUUCGUUUAAUAUUCUGCAACUCUAAAGCUUACACUCCUAACAAAAAGUCUCGAAUUUACAGCAUGACACUUCGACUAUCUGCCUUAUUUGAAAAUCAUAUGAAGAAUAUCAUCUCUGAGUACAAGUCAGCAAUGCAAUGCCAGAAGAGGAAAAGGCCCCGGUACCGAAAACGGCUAAGAAGCAGCAGCAGUUCACCAUCAACUAGCAGAGCCUCUAGUCCAAAAGGGAAACAGAAGCAAAUGAAGAUUCAACCUAAAACCAACCUGAAUACCUCAUUGCCUUUGACUAGGACCAGCUCUUCAGUUUCAUCUCAUGUUUCAGAUACAACAGAGGAACCUCUGGGUUCAGCCACUGGUGAAGAAGUGGAAGUCCAGCCGUCUUCCUCAGGCUCAAAUGCACAGAAUCGAAGUGGAAAUACCAUUGAUCCAGGGAAAAUUAAACCAGUCAGAAGUAAAGUGACACCAGUGAAACAAGAUCACUCUCCUGAUGGACCACUUACAAAUGGUGAUGGCAGAGAACCUCGGACAGGAGUGAAGAGGAAGCUAAUAAGUGCAUCAGAAGAUGAGCAUCUAGAGGAGGGAGAGGCAGAGGAAGAAGAAAAAAGAGAAUUAAAGGAAAAAUCUGGUUUGUCUUCAUCAGAAAGUGGGGAUUCAGGAUCUAGUUCAAGUUCUGAAAGUAGAAGUGGCUCUGAUUCAGACUCUGAAUCAACAUCUAGAACAGAUCAGGAUUACAUUGAUGGAGACCAUGACUACAGCAAAGUUGUGCAAUCCAAAAAACCCAAAAGAAAAAUCAAAAGAAAAUUCACCAGUGGGAAAAGGACCUGGCAGAGCAGAGGGACAGGGAGGAGAGGUAGGUGGGGAAGGUGGGGGAGAUGGAGCAGAGGGGGAAGAGGCGGUAGAGGUGGAAGAGGCUGUGGCAGAGGAAGAAGAGGUGGUGGCAGGGGUGGAAGAAGAGGCCGAGGAGGCAGAGGAGCCUCACGAGGAGCCACCAGAGCCAAACGUGCCCGAAUUACAGAUGACGAAUUUGAAACUCUGUUUGGAGGACAAUUUGGUGAAAAUGUGUUUGGAGGCCGAUUCAGUAGAGCACCUCGAAUCAGAACGAGGAAUGAGGGUAGAAGAACUGUCCUGUAUAACGACGAUUCUGAUAAUGACAAUUUUGUGCACACCGAGGAUCCUUUGAACCUUGGUACUUCCAGGUCAGGCAGGGUGCGGAAAAUGACAGAAAAAGCCAGGGUCAGCCAUCUCAUGGGAUGGAAUUAUUGACAGAUGAAAAACUUUGGAACAAUUUUAAAAAGAACUUCAAUGGCCUUCUACUGCAGGGAUUUUACCAGAAAAUCUACCAAGCAAGUUGUGCGGGGACUCCACUCACGUUUCACAGUGGUGCUUUUCCAUUAUGUCGGUUUGCGUUUGUUUUGAAACUUUAGAUCGCCACACUUCAUUGGUCAAAGCAAGCCUUAUUCAUUAGGCCUUAAAUUACAGAAAUUCUUCCCCACGCACUACGAGUUCAUCGCAUUAAAGAGGCUUCCAGCUUCUCAAUAAGAACGUGACAUUUUGAAUCAUGGUUAUGACUUCUCUCCCUUGUUUUGUUUUUGUAUUAUAGAAAUAGCACCUUCUUACAGAGUUUUUAUGUGGUUUUUGCCAUAAACCCUUAUACACAGUAAUAAUUAUAACUUUUGCACAAUACACCAAUCCUAAAGGCAGCUAUAAAAUGUUUACAGUUUCUAUAUUGUAAGAAGGAUCUGGAUUAUUUUAAUCUUCCCAGGCCAAACAGUCGUGAAUUGCGCUGAGCUGAAGUAUGUCUAUACUACAGUCAUGAGGGUCCUGAUGUGCUUUCUAUCGGUUCUUCAUUCGUGUAAAAAGUGACAAAGGGUUGGUGCCUUGUAAAUAUGUAGCAAACCUUUGAUGUGGUGUGUCCUAUGUGUGCAUUAACUUUAUUAAAAAGAGAAUACUUGAGAAGUAUGAAUAUCUAGACAAAAGGUGCCAAAUGCAAAAGUUAUUUGCAUCUAUUUUCUUUUUGUCCUCUCAUAUUUUUAUAGUAUUAAUAGAGAUUGUGCAGCUAAGUGGUAACUUCAACAUUUGAAAGGUUCCUCCUCUUCAAAGCAAAACGUGAUUUUUAAUAGUAGCUUGGCUACCUCUAUUUACAACUACUGGAAAUUUAAAAGAAAAUAGAUGCUAUUAUUCAGUACGUGUUGAAGUACUGGCAAGAAGGAGCUGUAGAAGGAUGGAAUUGUUCACCGAGUUGUGUAGUAAAGAUAUCUUUGACACAAUGAAAACAAAUCUAAGUAAUUAUCAGAGUUUUCAGAAGCAUAACGUUUUCAGCAGAUGGCAGUUUGUUGGUGCAGAUAGGCCAACUGUUUCCCAUACAAUUCUGCUGCCACUUAUUCAGUGCAAAUCUGUGUUUGUUUUAGUUUGUCCCUUGAAGCUGCUGGGGAAGCAGAAUGGAACUCUGGUGGCUGGCAGUGCUGGGAAGUCGCUGUUCCAUCCUCCACACGAAUUCUGGUAUCUCAAUCUUCCAGAAGUGAAUUCAUGUUGCACUGUAUUGUUGUGAUACUGCAGAAUGCUAACUUGAAACCAGAAUCAUUUUGGUAGUAGUGGUAGUAGUAGUGGUAGUACAGUGUGUGAUGAUACGAGGGAAAUGUAGAGGCUUUUCUGUGGGUGCAGAGCCAGCAGCCAGGAGCAGGCGCUUUGCAUGGGCUGAGCUGGUGGUGGCAGCCUCUGCUCAGCAGGGUCUGCUUGGAAUGCAUGUGGAACUUUGGUUUUCUCCUGUUGUCUAAAAGAACCUGACAGUUCCAGCUCAGUUGGAUGAGUUAGAUUACACUGAAGGAAGAAAAGGAAAGAAAGAGAUUGGACGUUUUUGGUGGAGUUUUUCAAUAUUCUUUUUAAAAACAAAACUAACAAACAAAAUCUUUCAUCCAGUAUCCUGAAGUUCUUCUGUGCACGGCUUGGUCAAUGAUUCUGGAAAACCUCAGGCAGCAAAGAGUGACCCGUGUAUAUUCGCAGAUGCAGAAAGAAUUUAGUUUUUGCCUUUCUAUAUUGAGCACUAUCUAUUUUAUCUCGCUUUCCAGAACCUCUAGUUAGAAACAAAAUGACUUGAAAAAAAAACAA